AAAAGGCAGGUAAAAUAAAAAUAAAUGAAAUAAGGAAAUAAAAAGAGAGCAAGAAAGAAAGAAAGAUGUUUUGUUUUUAGAGUAAAGAAGAAAAGAUGGACAUCCCUAAGCAUCAUUUGAUUGUCUGUUUCUAUUUGUUGUUGGUACUUUUCACACAGCCCCUUACCACUCUCCCUCUCUUUCUCUCCCUCUCUCCCUUUCCCUCUCUCUCUUUUGCGCUGCUUCUCUCUCUGCCUCUUCAUGCCCUCUUUCACACAUAGAUACACAUCCAGUGCUGGGUCAGAGGCUUCCUAAUUUCAGCUGAAAUGAGGGAAUGAGGGAGGGCAAGCAGGAGGGAAGAUAAAACGGGGAGUGGAAAAGAGAGAGAGAGAGAGAGAGAGAGAGAAAGAGAGAGAGAGGGAAAGGGAGAGAGGGAGAGAAAGUGCGCAAGACAGAGGAUGCAGAUCGAUAUCUCUUGCUGCUUCAGCAUGUAAAGGAGUGAGCGAAUCAAAACAAACCAGGAGAGGAAAAACGAGGAGGAGAAGAGGGGGAACAGAGGACAGAGUCUGUCUCUUUGAGCAUGGAUGCUGCUUCUCUCACUCCCUAUGACCAGAGCACACAUGAGACAAGACUGCUCUUCUGCUCUAAUCAUGUGAGAUUCCUGGUUCACUCGUUCUCUAGAAUGGAUCCUCAGAUCCACGGCAUGAGGAAGAGGAUGCUUCUCUCCAUGCUCAACGCAGAUGUACACCCAUGGCCGAAUGGCAUGACUUCUGCUCUGGAGUCCUGCUGAGCUUGCCGUGGUGAUGGGAAGACGGGCAGCUGAUCUGGCCACUCCAGUGCCAGUGUCUGAAAUGCCAGCUUUGGUGGGAGUUCGCGAUUGGAGGACAGCCAACGGAGAGGCAGGGCUUACCUGUGCUCACCAGUGUAACGUUGGGGUACAAACAUCGCCAGCCAUACGGACCUGCCAAGAGAGCCAUCUUGUCAUCCAAUCAGAUAAGAGGACAACCAUUCCACCCAACGGGCACAUCCCUGUUGAAGUGGAGGGCAGAAAAGCACAAAAAAGGAGUGCUUUCUUUAAACACCGGAGCCUUGAGAAUAAGGUAAAGAAGGGUGUGACAUUCCAAGGUGUGGAUGACGAUGAUAAUGAUGUUGACGCUUGUAGAGGCAAUAAAGCUGAAAUGCACUCUGACGCUCAGACAAUCCAUACCAACACACAUCGGGCCAAUGGCCAUGUUAAAGGAAAGAAGGAAUUCCGCUUCACCAACGGCAGCGUGGUCGACUCAGAGGUGAUGGGCGGGAUCAGCAGUGACAUCAGUGAAGGGGAGUCGUCGACUCCACGGCUCAAAACUACAGUACACUCUGGGAAGAGGAAGGUUCCUCCAUGUUCACCUCCUCACAGAUUCCCAUUGAGGAUUUGCAGCAAAUGUGGAGGGAGGCAGAACCCAGUAGCCACAGUUCUCUUCACCACCACAAAGGAUGCCACUUCGCCCUGCUCUGCUGGCUCGGAGAGACUCAGAUCUAGUCCUGCAGCUCCUCUGGUCUCAGGAAAAGAAACAGGAGCCUCACUUUCUCCUCCAAACACUGAGACUGAGAAAUACGGAGUUACGCAAAUGAACAGAGGACCUGCGGUGACAUGGCCUCCUCCUAACCUAAAUAGCAACCAGCUAUUAUCAUCCACGCAGGAGGGAGAAGCGUUAAAACUCUCCAAACAUCAAUCAAGCUGGAGAUACAAUGGCCUUGGCCUUCCACACAUACAUAGUGACACUCCAGUUAGUCACACGUCAUCUGCAGAUACGCACACAGUUGCAGGGAGUGCAAUUCAGGAGACAGGCAUGCACACACAAUCAGACCUCUGCUCUCAUAAGCCGGCAUCACUGUCACACACACUCACGCUCCAAGAACCAAGACCCUCCAUUCUCACACCAUACUCACAACAAUAUUCCAGCCUUAAAACAGUCUCCCAAUCCAUCACCCUGAAAGACACAGACUCCACACCAAAGAAAAAAUCACACACACAGAGCAAUAUCCUGACUCACACCUCACACGCUGCUAUGUCAAACCAUACUAACAUCCAUCCAAAGUCUUCAGCAUCUGUCCAUUCACCUAUAAUCACUAACGAUCAAAGCUUAGGACAGAGCGCCAAACCUUUCAGCACUUCACACCCUAGCAGAGACACCCAAGUCUCAAAUGGAUUAGAGAUUGUACAAAACACACACUCGAGGCCUUCAAACUGCUUGCAUGCAAAUCCAAGCACUAAACCUCAAAGCACAUCGCAAAUCCAUUCCAGCACUCAUCCUAAACUCACAUCCACCACAGACUGUGCCAAACAUCAACCUGCGCAAACACACUCUCUGACCACUGACAUGUCCUCACCCUUAUCGCUGUGCACAACCUUGUACUCCAAACCUUCCAUACCACUUCCAUUUACAGAUGUCAAACCACAUAGCAUAUUAAAGAACCAACAAUCGAACCCUUCACAAACCUCAAACAUAAAUGUCCAUACCAGCACCUCACUUAACCCAUGUCCUGUCACAACAGUGAGUCUUUUAACCCAGUCCAACACAGUUACAAUCACUCAAGCAUUUAUGGAAAUGCAUUCGUACGGCAUGGAUGACCCUAAAACAGACACACAGAGUCGAUCUCUUGUACAGUUAGAGGCUCAUGUUAAGUCUGUGCCAGAAAAACUGGCAGACAAAAAAAAACUUUGCAAAUCAUCAUCAACAACUUUGGGCUCUGCUAAUCCUCCUUAUAAGGUAGCAACAAAGACAGUGACAGCUACAAAAACAGGUUGUGAAUUUGUCACAGACGUAGAUAGUGGGAGCCACGUGCAAGCUAACUGUGAACUCCUUGCAACUUCAAAAUCACAAACCGUACACCAGCAAUCCACACCUCAGCAUCCUGCCAGUCCUGCAGCCUCCAUAACACCUAAUGAACCUAACACCAUGGGUUCACUCUCAAGCCAACCUCCAAGACCGUUCCACCCACACCCACUGCAUCCAGCAAUUAAAUUAUUAAUCGAGGUCACUGGAAACAAAAGGACAAAUAUAGAUUCAAAGCCAAAUCCAUUUCUACUUUCUUCUUCUAUGCCUUCAGACCAGAUCCUGAACUCUCAACUACAUCAAGAGCUAGAGACUGCAUCACAGACAAGCAUUGUUUUACCUGUUAGUGGACCUGUCUCAAAUGGCGGCUAUGCCCUCACACACUACCACCCUCCCUCUUUGGUUCUGCUGUCACGCAGUUCCCCCGAGAGCAACAGGGGUCAGGACCUUCAGAAGAGGCUAGAGAGAGUGGAGGCAAAUCUGCAGGCCAAACAGGAGCGAGUCACAACACUACUCAACAUCAUCCAAGACCUGGAGAUGAGCCAUGCACUCAGUAAAGGACGCCGUUGUUUCAGAACCGGCCAGGAUUUAAGCGAUUGCUCCACCUGCCAGGAGACAGCAUGCAUCAUUUACAGUGUGGAGUAUGACUUCCGGCAGCAGGAGCGACGAUUCAGGGAUGUCUUAGAGCCUCUGGACUCCCCAGUGAGAGAGAUCUGGGAGGGGGUUAACAUGGACAUGCUCUCCUUUUUCACCUUGCUAAAACAGAACCAGGCACCAUCUCAGACCAGCAAUCACACUGAGCCAGGAAUCAGGAGUAAAGUCAAGAAAAAGAAACUCUGCAGGAAGAUUUUGAGCUGGCUACCUCGAAAGGUCCAAAGGAAGUAAAUCAGUCCUGCCAUGGUUCCUCGUCUUUAUUUUUACAUUUGAAUAAACAGACUCCAUUUUGCUAUAAGACGGAUUAAUAGCAGCAUCAUAAUCUAUCCACUUGAAUGAGUCUGGUAGAUCCAGAAAAACGGACAGACCAUGAGAUUUGGGAACAGGAACUGCUGAAGUAAAACUGCACGACUUGACAAGAUCUUCCAUGCCAAAUCAGUUAACAGCAUACCUUCCCAUCCUGAUCCUUUACAUCCUUCAAGUAGUGACAUCAUGUAGGGAACAUGGCACUUCUAAAGACCAUUCAUGCUCGUUUAUUAACUUAAGAAGUAGAUGGAUAUUAAUAUAAGAGUUUCUUUUUGCGAUUGGUUUUGGGGUGGACUGGGAUCAGCUAUGGAGAUACUGCCUAGUGACCCUGUUGUUUUAACCAUUUGCAUCUUACGUCAGAACUUCAGAACAAUAAACCAGAGAUACAAAAGACUCAAAAAUACACCCUUGUUAUUUUUGGGUCUUGUUUUGCCAAGUGCUAGCAUCAUGCAAGUAUGCACUUAGAAGCAACACACCCUGUGUUAACACCAUUAUAGACAGCGUAGAGCUUCUGUCCAUCCAAAUGCAUGUGCCUUUACACAGGUACACAUGUAGGGCUCAUAUUUAUCUGUGUUUUAUGAAUUCUGAAUUUGCACAUACAAAAAGCUGAAUGGAUAUGACAGAGAUUUAAAAUAAUUUUAAAUAAAUAUUAGGAUUGUAUUCUUGUCUCAGGUGGAAAAGUGGAAUCAGGGGCUUAGUAAAGCCCACUUUCACAGAACUUCACAGUUCUCCAGUAAAUAGCUGUGCUGCCUUAAUAUAAUGGCAUAAAAAAAACUAGUUUUAGCUACCUGUAUUACUAAACUCAACUCGACUUUAGGACUGGCCAGAUAUAUUAGCACACCAGCACAUUCCAAUAGUGCAGGAGAAUUCAACUAUUAUUUAUAGAGAUUACAUAAAUUUCCUUGCUUACACAGAUGCUUGCAUGUCACAUUUUGACUAGUGUCAUGAUCAGAAACUUAGAGUUGCUAACAACUGGCCAGUUUUUUUUUUUAUGUUUAUCAGCUCUGCUACACCCCAAGGUUUUUUUUCCCAAAUUCUCAGUUUGAAAUCUGCCAGGUGAUGACAUGGGCAGAUACAUAAUAAAGCUAUGUACUGGCAUACUGGCAGGUAAAAUGUGUACCACUAAUGCUAAGACAAAGGUAAACAACACACAGUCAAAAAAUAUCCCAUAUUAUCCCACUACUAGCUAAUGGCAUUUAGUUCCUUAGCUAGCAACUGUUACCAAUUCUAAUGUAUUAUCUCUUGAUUGGCAAGACAUUGUCCCAGUAUUACAUUUAGCCUGGACACAUCCAUAAAUGGUAAACAGAUAGCUAAUAAACAUUCUGAUAAACAGCAUAUGUAUCUAUCAAGGGUAAUGAAAAUGUUUUUUAGAAUAAAUAAUGAUAUAGCAAGUUUUUUGUUAGAGUUUCUCCAUGAUGCCGUCUUGUUGAGCCUCUUCUCUAUACUCAAUCCAGACUGAGGUAUUCUCCAGGUGGUUGAGUGAGACUCAGUGCCACGCCCAAUGGCUUCUCAAGGAAACUGCACUGCUCAAAGUCUCAGAAUAAUCUGAAACCUUUUGGGGUUUGUGAAGAGGCUUCAGACUGAAAGAAAAGCUUGCUGGAAGAGUUCAGUGAGGCAUGAUGCUACGCAACCUGAUACGAAUGCAUACACAGAUAUUCUCUCCCUGGGUCUCUCCGGGGCUGAGUGAGGUUUUAUUGCGGAAUGUCUUAACGUGAGAGUUUGGUCAUAAAUUAAAUGUGCAUAAUUACCUACGUACCUCAAAUGUAAUCAUUUUUAAUUGCUGAAACUUGCAUGUUUAGCACAUUUUCUCAGAUUUAAAUCUUUAGCAAAAUUUUGCACCAACAAUUAACUAUAGGCUUGUAAGACAAACUUGUAAGACAUACUUCACACAAUCAAACUCUGUUUGUCAAGGCAUUAGAAAUGACUUUAUACCACAGCACUGUUGAAUUAUUCUGACAGUAGCACAGUUGAUGUGCUCAGUCUAAUACGUUAUUGUUUCUAUAGUAACAGUUCACUCACAAGGACUCGUACAAUGGAUACUCCACAUAAACGGAUUAAAGAAAGUGUGUAAUCAUUCGUAUGGUAAAGUUGUCUGUAAGGAGGCAUUUAUUUACUAUUUAUGGAAGG